AUGAUGGUCCACCCCAUGCGAGAGCUCCUGGAUGAGGGCGGCCUCACCUCCAAAAGCCGCGACCGCCAAUUCACCACUUUCCUUGACUUGAAACAGGAUUAUCACCACGACUUCAUCAACCAACUUCGUGAACAGGUGCAUAAGUAUGGCUAUGACUGGUCAGGACUGGAGAAUUCCGAGAGCGAGCGAGAGCUCUGCGCGACCAGCUUUGUGGAAGAGUGGGGAAAAAUGUAUUGGGGCACCAAGACCAAUCGCGAGAAGUAUCUGUUGCCAGAGUCUUUAAAUGACCCAAGCCUCUGUGUAUACCCUGACCGGAAGGACGAAAUCGUGAAGGCUUUGGCUAUUCUGUUGAAGCGAAAGGCGAAGAGCCAUAUAAAAUCAACUAGACCGUCGAUGGAGGCAACCGUCACUCCAUCUGUGCCAAAUCGACCUGUGCAGCCCAGUAGUGCCCCUCAGCCCCUCAGCCAGCCCACUUUUCGCAAGGAAAUAAACGCGAAAAGAAAGAUGAACGACCGUCGCAGCCAAUCCCCCACUCUGUCUGACGACGAAAUCAGACGCCCCGUCACUCGAAAGACCACCGGUCAUGACCUGUCGAUUCGGCCCUUCCGUCGCAUCGCCAGUCCCGAAGAAGUCAUUUCUGCUGAUCGGAACAAAUCGAAGCCCCAGAAGACCCAGGACCUCGUUACCACACCUCUUGACACCACCCGUCUUGACACUAAUGCUGAUAUAGAUACUGAUAUGGCACUGAUGACUCACUUCCUCGUGAGUAUCUCCAACCAACAGGGCCUGGCGCCCAUCUGGGUUCCCUUCAAAAGGUUCUCCUCGACUAAGUCCUUUCUGUCCCACAUGUUGAGCGAAUGUACCCUUCAGUACUGGGAUAGCCACAAACAGGCGCUCUCUGACGUGCAGACCGAAAACUCCCCGGUCGUGGUGGCGGCUUCAGUGAAGUUUGCCUGGUCUGAUUUCGAAAUGCGCCUUCGCCAGGGCAAGGACGAGGACUGGAAGCUAAUUAUGGCGCAGUUGGAGAAGGCGUGGAAAGAGAGUGAGCUCAGCAAGGAUAGUAAUUUCUACGAUAGAUUCAAGAUCCUUCUGUUACAUAAUGGUUUCAAUAUCGAUAUUAGUGACACUAUUCCGGACAUCCUCACAAUUCAGAGAAUCGAAAAUUAUAUGCAUAUUAGGAAGCAAGAGGUCGAUGGGAUCAUUGAGAGUGCCUCUGCAAAUACCAUCAUAUUUUGUUCUUGCGUCCUGGAUGACUGGGUGACUGGAUGA